AUGGCACCACGCUCGCAACUGGAGAUCACCACAGCCUCUGUCCUGCGCUUGGUUAAGGAAGAGGCGUCUUACCACCGCGAGCUGCAAGAGCAGAAAGAACGAGUCAAGAAGCUGGAAAGCCAACAAGGUGGUGAUGACGAGAACAAAGAGUACAUGUUGAAGCAGGAGCGUCUUGCUCUUGAAGAAACUAAGAAGGUUCUUCCAAGCUUGAAGCAGAAGAUCGAAGAGUCGAUAGUAAAGCUUCAGAGCCUACUGACCGAGGAGGGUAAUAAAGGACCAGAGAGCAACGUCGAGCACAUCAAUGCUGCCAAGGACGCUAUUGCCAAGGCCAGGAAGGCUGAGCGCGAGAUCGCUUGA